AAGUUCAAUGCUAAGUAUGUGCGAAUAGAAGCAUUUUUAGCCACAGCAGCUCAAGUUAAUCUCGGUCAAUUUUCCCUGAACCCUUCUCCUGACGGUGGAUUCAACCUUGGCUUAAGUCAAGGUGCGAAUAUUCUCGGGUUCGGUGGCCAUCGUGCUCUGGGUGUUUCCGGAAAUCCAGCUGGAGUUGGUGUCAGCGGAACCGACAAUGUGAUCAUUGCCAACGAAAGGAUCGGCGUGGAUUCCGGUCUCGGCGUGAGACAAGGUCGAGGGAUUGACCUGGGUAGUAUGCUUAUGUUCGGGAACAAUCCGAGUCCGAUGCAACCAGGAGGUCCUUUGGGAGGCUUUUUGGCCAAUGUGAAGAACUUCUUUGAUAGUUUGAGUGAGUUUUCAUGA